CCAGCCCUAGCCGGCGGCUCCACGCUGCCUACCCCGCUUUUAAGAAGGGGGGAGGGGAGGGGGUCGCGUCAGGAUGAAGGAGCCGCUGCUCGGGAGCAUGGCCAUGCCGGGCAAGUCCCUGCAGAAGGCUUGCCGGCUGCUCGUGGUCUUCUGCGCCCUGCACCUCCUCGUCACGCUCCUGUACUACUUGUCGGGCCGGGAUUUCGACGUCCUGCAGCUCUUCUCCAAGCACCAGCAGAGCCAGGAGGGGCGCAGCUCCGUGACCGUGACCAACGUCGCUGGGGAGGCGCUGGCAGCGUCGGCGGCGGCGGGCUUGGAGAAGCCGGCGGGCGACCAGGCGCAGCAGUCCAAGGAGGCCACGGAGACCACGGAGACUGGGCCGCCCGGCCAAGCCCGGGAGCUGCCCAGCUGCCCGGACCCCUCGCCGAUGCUGGUUGGCCCAUUAAAGGUGGAAUUUGUACGCCCUGUGAAUCUGGAAACCAUAGAAAAAGAAAAUCCUAAAUUGAGGAAAGGAGGUCGAUUUGCCCCAGAGGACUGCACAGCACUUCAAAAAGUAGCCAUUAUUAUCCCUUUCAGGAACCGGGAUGAACAUCUCCGUUAUUGGCUUUAUUAUCUCCACCCCUUUCUACAGCGACAGCAGCUGGAUUACGGGAUAUAUGUGAUAAAUCAGGAUGGUGAAGAAACAUUCAAUCGUGCUAAGCUUCUGAAUGUAGGCUUUCAAGAAGCCUUGAAAGAAUAUGACUAUGACUGCUUUGUAUUUAGUGAUGUAGAUCUGAUACCUAUGGAUGACAGGAACACUUACAGGUGUUUUGAGCAGCCCCGGCACCUCUCUGUGUCAAUGGAUAAAUUUGGAUUUAGCUUACCUUAUAACCAGUAUUUUGGCGGUGUCUCUGCUUUAAGUAAAGAACAAUUCCUCAAAAUAAAUGGAUUUCCUAAUAACUAUUGGGGUUGGGGAGGUGAAGAUGAUGAUAUUUAUAACAGAUUAGUUUAUAAAGGCAUGUCUAUAUCACGCCCAAAUGCUAUCAUUGGAAAAUGUCGGAUGAUCCGCCAUUCAAGAGACCAAAAGAAUGAGCCCAAUCCACAAAGAUUUGACAGAAUUGCGCACACUAGGCAGACCAUGAACUCUGAUGGUUUGAACUCACUUAGGUACCAACUUUUGGAAAUUCAGAAAUACCCUCUGUAUACCAAAAUCACAGUGGAUAUUGGGUCACCAAGUUAGCAUCUCAGUGAGCCCAAUAAAAGACAACAAUCAAGGACCUAUGUGGACUCUCUUUGUAAACUUGCUGGAUUUUUUUCAAUUUUUGCCUUUUGUUUUACUACAAUCAGAAUGAACAGGAAUGCCUCAUGUAAUUAUUCAAAAAACUUUUCCAAAUCACUAGGACGAGUGGGACUUCUUGCCCCCAACUUGACUCAGCACACGACUUUUCUAGCUGUAAGUUUUAGAGACUGUAUAUAAGCAUUGUUGAUUAUUUAUACCCUUGUUGGAGACUAUCUGAUUAUGGUUCUUAACAGCUUACCCUACAAUAAGUUGAUGGUUGUGAACAGCUAAAAAUCACUGCGUUCUAGCUUCAGUGAUUGAUGGUUAAUUCCCAAGGAUCAAUCUGCCAAAUUUUCAUGUGAUAUAUAAGAAUUUUGCUUUAAAUUUGUUGUAAUAUUUAAUUUUAUGAUGAAGGACUGGAAAAUGCUGCUAAAAUUGGUUUACAAGUUUACACUUUGGGAAAUCAGUUACCAGGUCCCAACCAGCUAGUAAGGGCUGUGGCCCUUUAAGAACCAAAGGAAAUAUUAGAAAAAGUCCCCAUGGGGCUGCUGCAAAGCCCUUCCUUGUUACAGUUCCUACCUUAGUCUUAGUUGGCAUCAUCUGUAAUUUUCCUGUCAUCCUGUCAUAGACCUGACUCUAACCUCUGCCUUCCUCAUUACUGACUCUUCCUCAUGCUCAUUCCUUUCCUGUUUUCCUUCCUCUGCUGCUGUGAUCUUAGGUCUCUGGCUUCCAAAUUGUGCCUUGACUGAAUCUGCUUGGCUGGCCUUGUCAGAUUGGUCUCUUGUACCUUCUCCCACUAUGAGUGGAUUCACUAGUACUUGACUUAAACAUUGGUCUUUUUCUUGCUUGUGCCACAAGCAAGCCUAGUUGACUCAACAGUUCCAAAUGGGUCUUUGUUGCCCUCUAUUGGCACCAGUGAAACCUGUCUGUCCCAGAGCUCCACCAUGGUUUAUCAUAGAUAGACUGGUCAUUGCUUAGUGCUAUGGAGGCUCUCACAGCUUCUCUACAUAUAUUACAGUCCUGAAAAUGGGAGAAUUCUAACUGUUAGUGGUCUGAUUUGAGGACAAAUUCACCCUUCAGUCUGAGUUGUGGUCUUUGCCAAAGAGUCUUGAGGUUCUCAAAUUCCAAGUUCACAUAUCCACCCAGUCUGCAUAUCCCCCCACCCCAGCCCACUAGCCUCCUAAACCAAUGUUCUCUCUGAAAACUUGAACAGGAGGACUGAGGAACUUUCCAAUUUUUUAAAGCUUUACUGUAGCUAUUCAUGCACCUCUUAACACAUGAACUUUUCCAUAAACUGUCUCUAAGUGGGAUUCUCCUCAACUGCCUUAUUCAUCUACUGUCACUGGAUGGUUGUUUUCUGCCUGUCUCUGAAUCCAUUCAGUUUCUUUAUCAGUGAGCGUAGUCUACGGUUCGACCAGCCUAGAGACUUAUCCACAAGAGGAGCUGACUGCCAAUCCAUCAGUCCAGCAGCUACAGAAAGAGUGAGGUUCAUUAUGGAAGUUGUUCCAGACAGCCCUUUGCUUGUUAAGCUAACAUCUAAAUUGAAAUUAAACUGCUCUAGCUGGCCGGUGACACAGAAAACCUGGUUGACCCCACUCAGCAUGCUCAGGUAGAGCUGGCCCAUAUUUAUCAUACCUCAUUGAUCAAUGUUUCUAACAAGAGAGGCAAUUCAGCUCUUGCCUAGAUUUUCUUCAACCUACUAUUUACACCAGAGCUUCCUGUUCUUUUCUACUUUGCUGCUUCCUUCCUUACUGUAGAAAGUCUGUAUUGGGUAGGAUCCAUUCCUAGAGAAUAGACCUAAGGGUUAAAGGAAGAUCCCUUGCUUCUUUUGUGAGACAGAGUGUCCAUUGUGCUAUGAACAGCCCUCUCCAAGUACAAGAGGAAACCUCAAAGGAAAGAACACAUGUUAAGUAGAAUCCAAUGGAGCCUCUCCUCAAGUCCCAUCUUUUUCCCACUAAGUACGCCCUUUAUAUUCAGCUACCUGACAAAAAGAGGUUCUCCUCCCAAGCCUUUGCUUUGCCUAAACUCUAAACCAGCAAGAGCAGCUUCUCAAUUUGCCCCAGAUCCAUCUCCUUGGUAAGAGAGGCCAUUCACACGUGGCCUUUGGUGUCUAGGACAAUUUCUCAGAAAAUGGAGACCCUUCGACUUCGUCUUAGGGUUUACUGAGGGACCCAAAUAGUCGAUGUCAUCUUGAGGCCAUGCUGUGCUAGGAAUUCAUUUAACUGUCUAGGACACUUCCUGGACUAUAUUGUUGUGUUCAUGGGGGAAGCAAUAUAAUAGUCCUUCCUAACCAAGCCUGUAAAUGCCAUUGUGAUAUGAGAUAAAUGCCCUCUCCUCUAGUUCCAUACUUGCUUUUCUAGCUCAGACACAUCUGAGUUUUUCAAAACUGAGACUGUGGAAGACUUCCAUAUUGUUUCUAAGGGAGGAAAAGGAGCUGAAAACUACCUUACAGAAGAAUUCGAUUUGACUAUAAAAUGUGUGGUCAAACUGCCUGUGGCCUUUGGAGGGUCUCUUCCAGCCACUUGAUUAACUUUAUUUUCUUAAAUGUUAUUAGACUUACAGAGAGCAUUAUCUUAGCUGCAUAACAUUGAAACUUAUUUCCAAGACUCAGUCCAUCAAGCACACCAUUUCAUCUGGACUUCUUGUCUUAUUUUUUGGCAAAAUAUAAGUUUUUAAAAAUUUCAAAAAUGUGGUUUUGAUAAGGAAAGACUUUUACCACAGAAUCUUGCCUGAAGGUCAUGUUGGCUUGUUCAAAACUAUCCACAUGGUCAAGUGGGACUUCUAGUGGUCAUAAGCCUGUUCAGCACAGAGUCCUAAAAUAUGAGAGUUGGAAGGGACCUCAUACAUAGCUAAAUUCAUACAUGAGGGCACUGUCCUGGAGUCAGGAGGACCCAUAUUCAAAUGUGGCCCCAGGCACUUACUAGCUGUGUGACCCUGGGCAAGUCACUUAACGUCAAUUGCCUCCCCCCCACCAAAAAAAAUUUUUAAAAAAUACCCAACUCAUUCAUUAAAGGAAUCCUCACUGUAUCGAACAAGUGGUCAUCCAGCCUCACCUCGAAGACCUUCAAGGAGGGGGCAACUACCACUUCUCAAGGCAUCCUACCUAUUCCACUUUUAGACUACUCUCAUUGUUAAGAAGUUUUUCCUGACAUCAAACCUAAAUUUGCCUAGGUAGCUUCUACCCUUUGCUGUUAGUUUAGUCUUCUGGGACCAAGCAACAUAAUGUGAUCCCCUUUGCACAGGAUAAUCCUUCAUGUAUUUGAAGUCACAUGUUGUGUCACCCCUAAGUCUCCUCCAGGUUAAACAUGCCCAGUUCUUUAAACUGCUCUUCGUAUGACAUGUCCUCAAGAUCCUUCACUAUCCUGAUUGCCUUCCUCUGGACACUCUCUGAUUUAUCGAUGUUGUUCUUGAACUAAAGCGCAAGACUCCAGAUGAGAUCCAGUGAGGGCAGAGUAUAGUGGAACUGUCCAUCUUCUUGUUCCUGCAAGGUAUGCUCCUCUUAAUGCAGCCCGUAAGUGCAUUAGCUCUUUUUCUCUACUGACUCAUUAAGUUUAGAAUUCAAGAAGACCCUGCAUCUGUUUCAGGACAGCUGCUGUCUAUACCCAUGGCUUUCCCACCUUGUACUUUGGAAAUUGUUUUUUUUUUUUAAAUCCAAGUGCAAAACUUCACAUUUAUCCCUGUUGACUUUCAUCUUACGCUAUUUGCCAAAGAUUGAACUAGGAAACCCCACAGGGUUCUAUCUCUGUUUGCUAUCAAGCCUCCUUUCCUUUUCCUCCAGUCCAUAAGCCAUAGCAUCCUUAAGUCUUAUGAUGAGUCCUUUUUCUUCUUUUUAAAAAAUUAAUCUUCAGAGCUAUGGUGCCACCGCUGUAGUGUUGGCCACCCUUUCAAAAAGAGCCUGAUUUUCUGCCUGCUCCAGCCUUUUUCUACUUUCCCUAUAGCUUGAAUUUUCCUUAGCUAUAGCUUUUGAUCAAGUGGUCUCCCUACACAUUUCAUCUUACUGCAGUCCCUAGUUCAUCUUAUCUUUUAAUACCCUGUCCAUAGCUUUGCAGGCAAAAACUAUACUUUUCCUUUGCUCACUAUAAUCAAGAACUGAUGAAAAGAUUGUGCUGUUUACACAUUAUAAUAAUACUUGGACAAUUAUACCUCCUGCCACCAGGACAAGUGGUGGGUGUGGCUUCCCCAGGAUUGACUUUUUUUUUUACUACAUAAUCACUAUUCACGUCCUCACUCAAAACACCUCGUUCCACCCCAAGUAUGACUUUGACCCCUCUUCCAUAAUUUCUCUCUGCCCUUUCUCCAUAGUCUAUAAUUACUUGGGGGGACUAGAGGCUGUUCAGACUAACUCUCAGACUACCUUUCAGUAGACAGAGGUAGACUAUAAAUAGCAUAUAAAUUAUGGAGGUGUCCUCGCAAGUGGAGGACCAGGCAUAGCUCAGUACCCACAACCUGUAUUCAGUGUGUCCUUUCUCAAAACACUGAAUUAUUCUCCAUAGUCUGGAUGAUGAAACAGUUGGGCUUUCUCUUCUAGCUCCCACCCUUCUCCUACCAUUCUUCCACCUAGCAUUACUAUUUCAUCUACACCCCUAUUGCUGUGGAUUUUAGGGGCAAGCAAAGUUUGUGAUAAUAGACCAUCCUUGACAUAACCAGUAUAGCAGCUAGCACUACAUGCUGGGUAGAAAGAACUGGGAACUGACUGCAUACUGGGUUACUCUUGACCACUGAAGGCAAAGACAGUCUUAAUAGGGUUCCCCUGCCAAGCUCAAGUCUUAGGGGGCCAAGUAUAAGAAGGGCCAAGAUCCCUUAAGAACCAAAGAAAUAAAAUCUGCCAGUCUCAUUAAAAGGUGCUCAAUUCUGCUGAUUCUCAUAUAUCUGCACUUUGCCUCUAACCAGCUGUCUUGGCUCUUUUUUGUCCAUCUCCUUUCUUUAGCUCUGACCUCUGGCCUAUUCCUUACUCAUAUUGUCUAUCUUACCCUCUUCUGUCUUUGUUUUAGCCAGUGUUCCUUCUGUCUACAUUGCCUAUUCCAUUUGUAAGUACUGCUUUGCUUGUGAAUUGAACCUACUUUCCUCUUAAAAGUCCUAUUGGCUUUAUUGAGCUACUUUCUUGCUCCCUCGCCAACUCUUGUUGGAUCCCCUAUACUUGACCUUUGUGCUUCCCCCUGUAUUCCUAAGGGGCACUGGGCUUAUUCCCUGCCCUUCUAGAAGAAGCCUCUACCACACUGAUUGUACCAGAAAAACCUAUGAAUCUCCCUUCUGCUCGCCUUUAGUUAGAUGUAUCUGUACCAGAGCUGUACCCCUCAGGAGAUGCUAUGAGUCUUUUCUUUGACUGCAUUGUAGGUGAUACAUUUUGUUUCACAUAUAACAAAACCGAAACUUUAUGGAGAAUGAGUGCAAUUUAAAUACCCUGUUCAGUUUGCUUUUCAAGGAAUAUUUGUUUUAAGGUUUAACUCAACUACAGCAAUUACUGUAGUAUUAGAUAUUUUUUGUCUCCCCCAAAUUUUAAUUCUGAGAGAUUUUAGCCCUCAGAGCAAAUAAAUGUUGGUUGCUAGAUCGUUCAGUGCUCAGUCUCUAAAUUGCCUUAUUUCUUUAAGGACUGAUAAAUAUGUUUUCAUGGCAGUUUGUAUUGUUUAAAAUUAAUAAAUCGGGUUGUAAUUGUGGGAUAAAGUGAUCUGUUUUGAUUCAGGUUUUACACAGAUGUUUAGUAUUCUUUAGAUCAUGAAGAAGAUUCGCUCUUCUGGUAGUGUGACAUAAACUUGAAUUUCCUAUAUACACUUUAAUUGUAAUGUUUUAAAUGUCAUUGAGGUUAAGAGUUGUUGGGGCAAAAAUAUGUGUAUGCUGUAUUCAGUAUUAAUGCCUUUUCAUUUUACUGAGAGAAAAGAUAACUUAAAAACCUUUCAAAUGAGGCUGUGGAAUGUCUCAUUUGUUAUACCCACAUGUUUGGUUUGCUGGGCAUAUUGGAGAGUCAUCUGUCUUCCCUUGGAUAGGACCACCUGCUAAACCUCUGAGACAGAGACUUCCCUUUUGAGAGUAAGACAUAGAAAGGUCAAAGAGACAGCAUUUUUUUUUCUUUGGGAAAUCACUUCUUAAUUAUGAAGUAAAAACUUACCUGGGCAGACACUGUCCUGAGAUAGUGUAGAAGCCAAGCUGACUGGAGUGCCCUGUUCCAUUACAAAUGCAGGUGGUAAUGCUGUUUUCAGUAUAUAUCCCUAGACUUCUCUAUAGCCCUUAAGGACUCUUAGGGUCUAUCUUGUCUAGGAAUAAGCUUAUGGCACUGGAAUCCCCAGGUAUCUACUAAGGCAGUGUCUGUGUCAGCCCCUAGCAGACCAAUCCACCUUUUUCUUGUUUCUCGUACUCUUCUCCCUCCAACUUCUCUCUUCCCUUGUCAUUUUCCUUUCCGUCACGUUGUUCCCCUCUCCUUGGCAUUCAGUUUUUCCUUCCCACCACCUACCUGUUUCCUGAAGAUUGCUGAUGGCUUCUUUUGUCCAUGCAGCAUGUCCCUUCUCACAAACUCUAGCCCAGGCUUAACUCAGGUGCCUAAAACUUUCUCCACAACUCAAGUUUUUCUACAGUGGCUUUCAUAAUGAUGUAAAUAAUAAUCUGUAAUCCAGUAACCCACAGUUGUAGUUGCCUGGUGCAGGGGCGGGCGGGGGGUGGGGGGCGGAGAACACUGGUUUUGGGAUUCCAGCAUGCCAGCUCUCCAUGCGAUGUGACCUAUAAGGCAAGUCAUUGGAGCCUUACUUUUCUCUUUGUAAAAUAGAUACCUACCUUACCUACCUCACAGGGUUGUUGUGAGGGUCAAGUGAGAUAAUUGUAUGUUAAUCACUCUGUAAGCCUUAUUAGCACUAUGCUGUUACUUAAACCUGUUCCUUGGGAUCUUAGCACAUCAGAACAGGAGGUGAAAUGAGAAAAUUUCCACCCAGAAACCCCUGAAUAUUCAGCCUGAGCUAAGACUGGUUAAACUGACUAGAUUCAAAAGUAUAAUAGUUGUCCAAAGCCUAACUCUACAGCCGAGGCCUAGGUGUCAGGAGAUCCAGGUUCUAGACCAACUCUGUUAUUUACUCACCGUGUGACCUUAGAACACUAGCCUUAAAUGUUCCUAUGUAAAAUGAGGCCUAUGGUCUUUAAUGUCCCUCCCAUCUCCCACAUUCUAGCCUUCCAACUUGCGCAUAUGCUGUGGUGGCUGAACAGAGGACAACCACUGGAAAUCUUGAUAUACCUGGAAAACCGAAGACUGUUUUCCUCUUUUACAAAUGUAGCAACUGCCUGGCCCCCAAAUACCGGUGGAUACCCCACUCCGGUCUCUUAAAUCAUAGCUGUGGCUCUCACUUCCCAAAUUCCCACUAAUUUUUUUUAACCUCUUUCCCCCCCAGGAAAUGUUUUUGUUUUUUGUUUUUUAAAAUCUGUUUUCUACUACCACAACAGCUAUGCAAUGCAAAGAAAUUGUCCUAUGACAUUUUUAAUCCUAAUGGCUGUGUUUUCAGAGCCAAAACUGCUUUCCAUAAGAACAUAACUUUGAGAGAGAGGGUGAUGCAAAUCUUAAGAAUUCAUGGUCUCUCUUUCCCAGGUCACAUCAUGACCAGGGUUAUUUUACAAAGUGCCUUUAAAAAAAAAGGGAGCAAAAACCCAGAAUAGCAACUUCUUUGGUGCCUAUUUUAAUUUAAAUACCAAAUCCUAAAACCUCAUCCACACACUGUUUCAUGUCACUUUCAAACAUUUGGGUGUGUGGAUCAUUCUCUGCACAAGGGAAAACACAUCUUUCCAGUCCUUCCCCGUUUCCCGGCCUUCUAGGGAUUCUUUAGCAGAGUUAGCUAUUGCUGAAUGUUCAUGGGAUGCAUCUGUCAGACUGUGAAAUUUCCAUCGGACUCCACCAGUCCAUGAAAUGCAGUCAUUGUUCUCUCUCUGGGAUCUUUCAGGGUCUAGUUUUUUAUGAGCAUUUUUUUUAUCCAGAAGUGAAUUGUGACUGUGAAAUUAUCAUUUGUGUUUCCCUGUUCCAUUGCUGGUCUUUAGGAAAACUAUUGAAAAGUACACACAACAUAAUUUCAGCAUAAAAGAAAGUACAGGUGCCUGGUUUUUCUUGAGCUUGUACUCAGAGUUAGGUAUGUUAUGCUAUGACUUUGAACCGUAAACAUUACAGUAGGUUGUUACGGGGUCAUUUGGUUUGUCUUCGAAUCCUAAUUCUGCUUUGCACUUUUUUUGUUAACUUUUGUGUGUGUGCACAUGUAUAUGUGUGUAUAUAUAUACAAUUGUAAGAGCUGGGAGAAUGGGUAUUCCAGCCUUGAUAUUCAUAACAGAUGAGAACUGUAUUUUUUUUUUGCCUUUAAAUUCAUUAAUGACUUGAAUAAAUGAGCUUAUCUUUAUAAA